GUGAACACACGAUGCGUUGAUAGAGGUAGCUAGUUCUCCGUGUAAAUCAGUUGUGUGCUGACUUCUAUUUUAUAUUUUUGGGGUGUGGGGGGAAGAAUGAAAGAGGUCUUCCACCAAAACGGACGAAAUCAUGAACGGCGCGGUAUAUAUUUCGUUUUUUCAAGGUCAGCUGGAAUCUGCACUAGAGCAAGUAGUACAACUCGCAGUCCAGGAAAUAACGAAGAGUGUUGGGUCAAGCUUGAAUUCUAUGUUAAUGAAUACGGCCGUCAAAGAACAAGAAAACCAAAGACUAAAGUUAAGGCUUCAAUCACUGGAGUUUGAAUGUAAUGGGGUAGAAAAUGGAGCCGCGUUCAACGGUGGCAGGGAAGACAACGCGGCAACGGAUCGAACAAAGCCCGAGACACACACCUUCAGCCACAGCACAGAGCGCGGCGUGCACGCAAACACUCAAAGACUGGAUCAAAAAGGACGAGUAGUGGGUAAGGUUACUAGCUAGGCAAGGUUACUACCAAGGCACCUAGAGGUUUCAUCUUAUACAUUUGAAACACAAUAAGGCAAUACCACCAUUCUGUAGCCCUACAGUCUGUUUGAUCGCCGACUGUUUGUGUAUGUUUCUGUGGCACAACGUAUUAACACACUCCGUUUACAUAUAGUGGCGAGGUCAACAAAAACAGGACAAAGCACCAGUAUCCUGGUAUAGGUAUCCGCAUAGAGCAGAAAGUAUUGAUAAUAAUAACCAGAGUUGAUAUGUAAAUAUGACGUGCAGUAGUAGCCUGCAGCACACUGAAAAUCAAUGACAUGUGUGGUAAAAUCUUCAGGAAAUGAAAAACGGUAGUUUUCAAUGUGGUUCUAUUACCUAGGUUUCUAUUUGACUCAGGCAUGCGUCCUUGUGAACGCUUACAAUGGUAUCUUGUCUCAAGAGGUGUACACUUAACAAUAUUUUAUUUUUUAUUUAUUUCACCUUUAUUUAACCAGGUAAGUCAGUUGAGAACAAGUUCUCAUUUACAACUGCGACCUGGCCAAGAUAAAGCAAAGCAUUGUGAUAAAAACAACAACACAGAGUUACAUAUGGGGUAAAAAAACAUAAAGUCAAAAAAAUACAACAGAAAAUAUAUAUACAGUGUGUGCAAAUGUAGCAAGUUAUGGAGGUAAGGCAAUAAAUAGGCUAUAGUGCAAAAUAAUUACAAUUAGUAUUAACACUGGAAUGCUAGAUGUGCAAAUAGAGAUACUGGGGUGCAAAAGAGCAAAAUAAAUAACAAUAUAGGGAUGAGGUAGUUGGGUGGGCUAAUUUCAGAUGGGCUGUGUACAGGUGCAGUGAUCGGUAAUUAAGUGUCAAGAGGCCAAUUUGUCAUCUGUGGUGCCAUUGUUGCCAUUGAGAUUGUUAAAAUGUUCAGUUGUGGAUUGACAACCAGUGACAACAUCACCAACCUUGUCACCGGUUGUGUCAAGCAAACUGUGAACUGAAAGGCAGCACAUCCAUCCCCAUUCAUUUUUCCUAUCAUUGAAAAUGAUAGGCCUACUUAUUGACCACUGCAGCAUACAUCCCAUCAAACAUUAUUCUCUGUAAUUGAAGAUGAUUUGGGAUGAGAGGACUAUCAGUGGUUGUUGUUGAGCCUCUCCUUAGUGCUGGCAGCAAAGGAAAGGAUGCCAUUCCCUCCAAUAAUCCUCCAAUGAGAGUCACAAGCGCAAACCACACCCACUCAGUUCUUAGAGGGGAUACAUUUAGGGAGAGGAGGGGUGUGCGAUAUCAAAGGAGGGAGGAGGAGACACUGGGCAAACUGUCAUUGGCAGGCCUUCAACUCAAUUUGCACAUUUAGGACAAAGCUGAGGCUGGAGCUGUACCUCUUCACUUAGCAUAUGGCCAUGGAUCUUAUUUAGGUUGCAAUGGCCAGGGAGGCCAUUUUGAUGUUGUAGGUAAAUUAAUCCUGGCAGCAACAUUCAUACUUCAGUCACAGACACCCACACAGGUAGCUCCUCAUACAGUGCAUGAUGUCACACUUACACAAUGCAACACAACAAUUAGGCUAGUAGGCUUCCUCGCUGACUCCGCUCAAUUGCUAUUUAUAUCCUUUGGUUUUAACAAAAGGGGCAAUUGUAGAGACCAUGCUCCACAAAAUCUCCUCACACAGUUUUCACACUUGAUUUCCAACUUGAUUUGUUUUCUUCCUCAGGGAUUUGGACAUGUAAUCCAUUCUGUCUUUUGUAGUUACGUAAAUCUGUGUGUGUGUUUGUAAAACAAACCCGGUGUGUGUGUAAAACCCUGUUUGCUUUGUCAAGCGGCAUUCAAGAUGAUCCAAGGUUGCCAGAAACCAACUAUGCCUAUGCUGUCAUUGUCUGCAGCAGCUUGGUGCUCUGCUGCUCACCACAGCUUUAAAGCGGUUGCCAACCCACUCCUAUUUUAGUCAAAUCACAUCAUUGAGUACGUUUACAUGCAUACUAAUCAUUUUAUAUUAAACUGAUUAUGGCAGAAGGCUGAGUAUGGCAUUAAUCAUGUAAACACCUUACUCUACUUAUCUUGAUCGGUGUACGGUCAUAAUCGAUGUAAGCAUACGCUGAUUAAAACACCUGGUUUUCUGAGCAGUCUUUCGAUUAUUUAGGACAUGUAAACGGCUUAAUCGGCGUUCCAGCAGUGUAUUUGGUCUACACAUUUGCCAGCACCGGUAGCGCAAGCCUCCUUUUUAUGCGCGAGUGAAUUGAGUUUUGAAGAACUGAAAGUAUGCAUCUUAUAAAGUUUGUGUGAAAACUAUUUCUAUUUCCAAACUCAGAACAAAAUAGUCUUCGCAAAAAUAACAUGGUCACUGUGGUAGAACGGUUAUUUUGAUUGGUGAUUUUCAGCAUUUAUCAAAAGUCCCAUCAGAAGCCUGAUUUCAGAUGUUUCCAUGUAAAUAGGAUUAUUAGUUAUCAAAAAGAAAGGAUGACCAAGGCACUCUUCAUAUAAUUAAUUAAUUAAAAUGCCUUUAUUAGUAUGGCAUGUCAAUACUCCCUGAUGAAGACCAUGCAGCCGAAACGCGUCAGAUUUUUUUUUUUUAAACCUUGUUUCUAUUGAACAUACUAAUAAAGGCAUUUUAACUAAUUAUAUGAAGAGUGCCUUGGUCCUCCUUUCUUUUUGAUGACCAAUUCACCCCUUUGACCAAAGAGCACCUUCUGUCUACCAACAUUUACUAUUGUGUACCUUAGUAGCUCUUCCCUUCCUCCUCUUUCUACAGGAUUAUUAGUUAAUUUGUUCUUCUUGCAAAGCAUGUAAACAUUUUAAAGCUGCAAUAUGUAACUUUUUUGGGGGGCGUCCUGACCAAAUUCACAUAGAAAUAUGAGUUAUAGAUCUGUCACUCAUUGAAAGCAAGUCUAAGAAGUGGUAGAUCUGUUCUAUGUGAGUUAUUUCUAUGCUUCCCAUUCUUAAGUUUAGUUUUUGCAUCUUUUACUUUCGGUUUUGUACAUCAGCUUCAAGCAGUUGAAAAUACAAUAUUUUUGAGUUAUGGAAAAUAUAUUUCACAGCAGUUUAGAUGGUACAAUUAUUCUCUACGCUAUGGUUGCUUGUUUUGUCACAUAACCUGAAAUUAGGCAAACUAUUAGGAUUUUAGCACCCAGGAAAUGGCAGAGCAAUUUCUGCAUAGUGCAUCUUUUAAACAAACUAUUCAAUUAAUCUGACUAUCCACAAUCUUAUUAUUGUGUGCAUGAAACCGUGAUCAAUGACUAAGUAGUUCAGUUUAUUCUCAGCUUUAUCUGUAACUAAGACAUAACAACAUCUAUGUGUGGUGAUAGAUAUGUAAAAUGUUUUCUCACCAUGUUUUGCACAACUUGUUUUACAUUUACAACUUGUGGUUAAGAACAAAGGGUGAGAGUCAUGGUGUGGGUCAUUGUAUGAUUCUGCAUAUUGGCUAGGCCCUUGUACUACACAGCUGUUAAUUCUUGGAAAGAGUAGCCUAGCUCAUUUGUCAGAUAUCAUCAUGGAGAUAUUUGCACUACAGUGUAUGCAAUGAAAAGCUUAUACUUUUCUCUGUGAUUGGAGUUGUUGGAAAAUAUCAAUUUUGGUAAUUGAUUUAGCUCAAAACCAUUAUGGGAUCUGUGAGAACUUCCUCGAUUACUUCAGGGAAAUGUUCACCACUCCCAAAUUAUACAUAUUGCAAAGGGGGACGUGACCGAGCUAUCUGAGAAAUGAAGCCUUCUCAUGGUAUUAAAAAGGAUUCCCUUCAAUAUUUUACUGCUCUAUAAAAGUAGGAUAUUUGAUUAUAGUAAUUCACUCAUAUUGAAUAUAACUAAUUUAUUGUCAUUGCCACCAUGGAUGCAAUGCCCAAUCAAACCUACCUCACAUUUAAACUGUUUUGAUUGGUGUAUUUGUAACAGCAACCAAUCGAAAAUGGAGAAAUUGGCAUUUAUAAGGAAAGCUCAAAUCUGUCCCCUAGACACAUGCCUUUUCUGGGUCUCAUGGUUGUUAUCAAUCAAGUGAUUUUCACUUUGUCUGGCAGUGCUACAACAAUUCAAUCAAGAGCCAUUUAAUAUGGCUGAAAUCUGUAACUUUUGAGUCGUUGAAUUGCACGGGCGCAAAAUUAAUGCCCAUUGCUGGUUGCUUAAAAAGUGGUUAAUCUCAAAGGAUGCCUAGUAAAACUCAUUAUGGGUUGACAAUGUUUUUCUUAGUGUUUUGCCCCCCCCCCCCCCCCCAAAAAAAGGGGAACUGUGUGUGUAACAUAUGCAAUAUGUAGGCUAGAGAAAUGCUUAUAAUAACAAUGCUGUACAAGCAAGGGCUCUCAAGGCUAAUUUGUGUAAAGCAGGGAUGGACUCAAUGGCUGUUGUUUUUCUAAUGGCUGAGCCUAAAAUGGACCUUUACCAUUUUAAAUGGAUGAGACACCAUUUUAUCCAAACCAAAUGGAAAUGGUGUGGCUUGUGAUUUCAUUGCGCAAUGCAUUUUUGUGUUAUUUGAUUAAAACCUCUACACAAAUAAUUGCAGCCCUACUCAUUAUCAUAGUAAAAAGAGUGGUUUGGAGAGAAAUUUCCCUGCAAGGAUACAGGGUUGUUUUGGCCUACUGUGUUAAACAAAUAUCCUAGAAUGAGAGCAUUGAACGCAACAUGUCAUAUAUAUAUAUAUAUAUAUAUAUAUAUAUAUAUAUAUAUAUAUAUAUAUAUAUAUAUAUAUAUAUAUAUAUAUAUAUAUAUAUAUAUAUAUAUAUUAGUGCUUUGCAAAAGUAUUCAUCCCCCUUGGCGUUUUUCCUAUUUUGUUGCAUUGCAACCUGUAAUUUAAAUUGAUUUUCAUUUGGAUGUCAUGUAAUGGACAUACACAAAAUAGUCCAAAAUGGUGAAGUGAAAUGAAAAAAUAACUUGUUUCAAAAGAUUCUAAAAAAUAAAUAACGGAAAAGUGGUGCGUGGAUAUGUAUUCACCCCCUUUGCUAUGAAGUCCCUAAAAAAGAUCUGGUGCAACCAAUUUCCUUCAGAAGUCACAUAAUUAGUUAGUCCACCUGUGUGCAAUCUAAGUGUCACAUGAGCUCAGUAUAUAUACACCUGUUCUGAAAGGCCCCAGAGUCUGCAACACCACUAAGCAAGGGGCACCACCAAGCAAGCGGCACCAUGAAGACCAAGGAGCUCUCCAAACAGGUCAGGGACAAAGUUGUGGAGAAGUACAGAUCAGAGAUGGGUUCUAAAUUUUUUUAUCAGAAGCUUUGAACAUCCCACGGAGCACCAUUUUAAACCCAUUAUUCAUAAAAUUGAAAUAAUAUGGCACCACAACAAACCUGCCAAGAGAGGGCCACCCACCAAAACUCACGGACCAGGCAAGGAGGGCAUUAAUCAGAGAGGCAACAAAGAGACCAAAUAUAACCCUGAAGGAGCUGUAAAGCUCUACAGUAGAGAUUGGAGUAUCUGUCCAUAGGACCACUUUAAACCAUACACUCCACAGAGCUGGGCUUUACGGAAGAGUGGCCAGAAAAAAGCCAUUGCUUAAAGAAAAAAAUAAGCAAACACGUUUGGUGUUCGCCAAAAGCCAUGUGGGAGACUCCCCAAACAUAUGGAAGACGGUACUCUGGUCAGAUGAGAUUAAAAUUUAGCUUUUUGGCCAUCAAGGAAUACGCUAUGUCUGGCGCAAACCCAACACCGCUCAUCACCCUGAGAACACCAUCCCCACAGUGAAGCAUGGUGGUGGCAGCAUCAUGCUGUGUGGAUGUUUUUCAUCGGCAGGGACUGGGAAACUGGUCAGAAUUGAAGGAAUGAUAGAUGGUGCUAAAUACAGGGAUAUUCUUGAGGGAAACCUGUUUCAGUCUUCCAGAGAUUUGAGACUGGGACGGAGGUUCACCUUCCAGCAGGACAAUGACCUUAAGCAUACUGCUAAAGCAACACUUGAGUGGUUUAAGGGGAAACAUUUUAAAAUGUCUUCGAAUGGCCUAGUCAAAGCCCAGACCUCAAUCCAAUUGAGAAUCUGUGGUAUGACUUAAAGAUUGCUGUACACCAGCAGAACCCAUCAAACUUGAAGGAGCUGAGGCAGUUUUGCCUUGAAGAAUGGGCAAAAAUCCCAGUGGCUAGAUGUGCCAAGCUUAUAGAGACAUACCCCAAGAGACUUGCAGCUGUAAUUACAGCAAAAGGUGGCUCUACAAAGUAUUGACUUUGGGGGGGUGAAUAGUUAUGCACGCUCAAGUUUUCUUUUUUUUGGUCUUAUUUCUUGUUUGUUUCACAAGAAAAAAUUGUUUGCAUCUUCAAAGUGGAAGGCAUGUUGUGUAAAUCAAAUGAUACAAACCCCCAUAAAUCAGUUUUAAUUCCAGGUUGUAAGGCAACAAAAUAGGAAAAAUGCCAAGGGGGGUGAAUACUUUCGCAAGCCACUGUAUGUAUGUAUACAGCUUUCAAAUGUAACACUAUUUAUCUGUGAACAUAGCAGCCAUUGACCUAUGCCUAAUUAUUUCCUCUUAACUCACAACAGGUUUUUACAUAUCUAUUUCUUUAUCAUUAAAGACAGCAGGCUAAUUCUGAUAACUAUUUUGUCUCCGUGUCCUCCUCCUCUGCAGGUCAGCUAAAGAUGGUCAUGGAGCAUGUGCUGGAGUUUGCUGUGUGCGAGCUGACCAAAAUCGUGGAGGCCAGUUUCGAUGACCUGCUCCUGGAGAUGACCAAGAAAGAGUGGGAGCACAGCGCUCUGGAGGAGCAGUUGCGCCGUGUGGCUCACCGGGAGAACGGGAGGGGCGGGGUGUCGAGGAGGAGUGGGUCGGAAAACAACACAGCAUUCCCCAGUGGCUCAGAGGACACCCGGCAGGAAUCCAGAAACGUCACAGUCAAAAUUGUCCGGGGACAAAGGGAGCAAACGGAGACAACAAAUGGUCUGUGUUUUAACAGUAAAAUUAUGUUCUAGUCAACAUGACAAUAAACUGUGUGCUUUAUUUACAGUCCUAAAUGUGACACACACACACACACACACACACACACACACAGAGAAAAGGGGGAUGCUUGCUAUGAUACCAGUCAAAUCCCACAGCACCAGAUGUUAUGCUUUAUGGAAAAUGUAGGGUUGGAAAGUACCACAUAGUACAGCCAGGGUUCGGCACCUCCUCUGCCUAUACAUUCAAUUACUCAUGAGAGGCCAGUAACUUCCUGUUCAUAUGGUUUCAAGUUGCAACUCGCAAUGCCACAGGGUAAAUCCACUUGAAUUCAAUCACUUUUUGACAGCACCCCUUUUGAUUUGAGCGAAACCUUCCAUACAUAUUUGCCCGUUGUAGAUGUGCUCAGAAAAUACCAUGAGACAUCCAUGUCUUCAUCACUGGAAAAGAUAAACAGUUGAGUAUCAUUUAAAAGCUUACAAACAGAAGCUUUUAAAUGACAAACAAUUUGAUCAUUUCCUUUUCCCCCCUUUUUUUAACCAUAAACGUUAAUUAUCAAAAAAUACGUUAAGUCGUUUUUUUUCUUUCAUAUUUGCGUGUUUUAUCUUAAACCCUAUUUUACAUAAUCUGGGGGUUUUGUAGUAUGCCCGCCAUCGGUUGAGACACAACAAGCUUUUGAAUACAGCGUGGGUGUCAUGUUUUAGCUGAUAAAUGUACUAAAACGGGAAUACAAUUGAAAUUUCUACAUUGAAAUGGUACCACAAAGACGGUUGGAGGUCCACACAUCAGAGAAUGUUGACUUGAAUGCGAAUAUCUGUUUUCAAUUAUACUGUCAAUCCUUCAUAGGAAACCUAUUGAAAUCAUAGAAAUAUAGAUAAUAGAAUAUACAUGACCAUUUAAGUUGACAUUCGACAGUGGAUGGUGUAGCAGCUAAAUUGCAGUGAUCUGAAGGGAAAUUUCUAUUUCUAUGAUAAACAUUUUCACCCAACCUGUAUUUUAAGAGCAUGUUUGAUGGCGGGCACAACAUAAAACCCUCACAUGAUGUAAAGUAGGGUCUAAGCUACAACACAUGCUAAUAUGGAGAAAAAAAUCAGUACACGUUUUUAGAUAAUUGACGUUAAAGGUACACGUUUAAAAAAAAGUUUUAUAUUUCUUUAGACAUUUUGUUUUCAAGAAAUUGUAAAAUAGGUUGACAACCCUGUUUUUGUAAGCUUUUAAAUUAUAUCAAACUCAACCAUUUAUCUUUUCCAGUAAUGAAGACAUGGUAUACAAAAUGGGUCAACUUUGAGCACCUUUCUCUCCUGAAUGCUUUGGCAUUCAGGUCCAAAAAGUUACUUUCUGACCACUUGUUUUGUUUAAAUUAAAAGGGAUACUGUCAAAAAGUGAUUGAAUUCGAAUGGAUUUACCCAACAUAUUAAGCUGAAUACAAGGUUAUUGUAAAUCUUGGGUACACUUUAUUUUAAGAGCUGCUAUUUUGCUUGAUUGAUAAAUUGGUAAUGACCUAAUAAUGAAGGUUAUUUUGGGAGUCAUUCUACAUUGAAAAAAGCGCCGGUACAUACCAGUUGGUUACCAAUUGUGUUAAAUUCUUUGAAUUGCCAGAAAGUACACAUAAUUACCAUGUUCUGUCUGAGUAAACACUUGGCAAAUAUCAGUUGAAACAAACAAAGUGUUCCCUUCAUUUCUGGUGCUGAAAAUAAGCUUGUGUCCAAGUAGUCAGACUGUAAAAACACACACACAAAACAGUAUGAAUAGGAGUCAAUAUGGACUAACCAGAGCUCUGAGGCCACAUUUUCUAAAUAAAAAUGUUAAUGUGUUCAAUAACCAUGUUAUAAGCCAUAACUUGCACACAACACCAGUCUCUGAAUCAGUUGAACUGGUCAAUUGACCUAUUCAGUAGCUGUCAAAAUGGGAGCUGAAGCUCACCUGUUAUAGUUAACUAUUAACCGUGUCAGUGCCAAAUAGUUGCUCCAGUUAAGCUCCUGCAAUCUGUUAUUGUGUAUAUGACAUCAUGCCAUGUUAGGUAUGCCAUGUACAGUAGAUAUAGGUUUCCCUCUACUCUGAGUCCAGUCUUAUACUUGUGCUGGUAAUACUGCUUAGAUAUUAUUAAGCUGAUUCACUAUAAGCAAACAAAUACUUACAUUUACAUUUACGUCAUUUAGCAGACGCUCUUAUCCAGAGCGACUUACAAAUUGGUGCAUUCACCUUAUGAUAGCUAGUGGGACAACCGCUUUACAAUUUAUUCUUUUAUAUUUUUCAAAUCUUUUAAUGUUUUAUUUUUAGAGUAUAUUUGUAAUGUUCAUUUGUUUUAUAUAUAUAUAUUAUAUUUUUUUUUUUUGGGGGUGGGGUAGAAGGAUUACUUUUAUACUAUCCCAGGUAUUCCUUAUUCCACUUCCUAUGUGUACAGUGGGGGAAAAAAGUAUUUAGUCAGCCACCAAUUGUGCAUGUUCUCCCACUUAAAAAGAUGAGAGAGGCCUGUAAUUUUCAUCAUAGGUACACGUCAACUAUGACAGACAAAAUGAGAAAAAAAAAUCCAGAAAAUCACAUUGUAGGAUUUUUUAUGAAUUUAUUUACAAAUUAUGGUGGAAAAUAAGUAUUUGGUCAAUAACAAAAGGUUCUCAAUACUUUGUUACACUUUGUUGGCAAUGACACAUGUCAAACGUUUUCUGUAAGUCUUCACAAGGUUUUCACACACUGUGGCUGGUAUUUUGGCCCAUUCCUCCAUGCAGAUCUCCUCUAGAGCAGUGAUGUUUUGGGGCUGUCGCUGGGCAACACGGACUUUCAACUGCCUCCAAAGAUUUUCUAUGGGUUGAGAUCUGGAGACUGGCUAGGCCACUCCAGGACCUUGAAAUGCUUCUUACGAAGCCACUCCUUCGUUGCCCAGGCGGUGUGUUUGGGAUCAUUGUCAUGCUGAAAGACCCAGCCACGUUUCAUCUUCAAUGCCCUUGCUGAUGGAAGGAGGUUUUCACUCAAAAUCUCACGAUACAUGGCCUCAUUCAUUCUUUCCUUUACACGGAUCAGUCGUCCUGGUCCCUUUGCAGAAAAACAGCCCCAAAGCAUGAUGUUUCCACCCCCAUGCUUCACAGUAGGUAUGGUGUUCUUUGGAUGCAACUCAGCAUUCUUUGUCCUCCAAACACGACGAGUUGAGUUUUUACCAAAAAGUUCUAUUUUGGUUUAAUCUGACCAUAUGACAUUCUCCCAAUACUCUUCUAGAUCAUCCAAAUGCACUCUAGCAAACUUCAGACGGGCCUGGACAUGUACUGGCUUAAGCAGGGGGACACGUCUUGCACUGCAGGAUUUGAGUCCAUGGCGGCAUGGUGUGUUACUGAUGGUAGGCUUUGUUAUUUUGGUCCCAGCUCUCUGCAGGUCAUUCACUAGGUCCCCCCGUGUAGUUCUGGGAUUUUUGCUCACCGUUCUUGUGAUCAUUUUGACCCCACGGGGUGAGAUCUUGCGUGGAGCCCCAGAUCGAGGGAGAUUGUCAGUGGUCUUGUAUGUCUUCCAUUUCCUAAUAAUUGCUCCCACAGUUGAUUUCUUCAAACCAAGCCGCUUACCUAUUGCAGAUUCAGUCUUCCGAGCCUGGUGCAGGUCUACAAUUUUGUUUCUGGUGUCUUUUGACAGCUCUUUGGUCUUGGCCAUAGUGGAGUUUGGAGUGUGACUGUUUGAGGUUGUGGACAGGUGUCUUUUAUACUGAUAACAAGUUCAAACAGGUGCCAUUAAUACAGGAAACGAGUGGAGGACAGAGGAGCCUCUUAAAGAAGAAGUUACAGGUCUGUGAGAGCCAGAAAUCUUGCUUGUUUGUAGGUGACCAAAUACUUAUUUUCCACCAUAAUUUGCAAAUAAAUUCAUAAAAAAUCCUACAAUGUGAUUUUCUGGAUUUUCUUUUCUCAAUUUGUCUGUCAUAGUUGACGUGUACCUAUGAUGAAAAUUACAGGCCUCUCUCAUCUUUUAAGUGGGAGAACCUUGCACAAUUGGUGGCUGACUAAAUACUUUUUUUCCCCACUGUAUAUUGCCUUGGGUCUCUUAAUGUAAACAUUGUUGUAAAAUGGAUCAAUAUUAAAAUGUACUGCAUUAGAAAUGACUGCUAUAAUGAUGGAAAUAAUCACUGAAUGUGUUACCUGCUUCUUCAGGUGCAUUGAUGUACGAACACAAACGUGCAUGCCUGCUGUUUUUUAUAAAUGUUUUUCAGUGUUCGUAUCCACAUCAUGGAUACGUUUUGCACUUUUAUUCCAGUUCAGUUGUCUUGUUCUCAAGUUUGUUUCAUCUCUUUCUUUGUCUCUCUCUUGCUCUUUUUUUCUCCCUCUCUCUGUGCAGACAGUGACAAGAAAUCUGUCCUGACCACAGCCUGUAUGAAUUGUGCUUGUUUUCCAGUUCAGGUUUGUCUUGUUCUCAGUUUUGUCGCUCUCUCCCUCUCUGUGUGUAGACAGUGACAAGCAGGCUGUCUUGACCGUAGCCCAAGACUGGGUCCCCAUCCUGGACAAGGUUUUUGGGCAGAAGUGGUGCAGCGACCUGUGGCAGUUCAAAGAGCUGGCUUCAGGGAAGGAGGGCGAGGAGAGGACCGGGGGAUCUGGGUUGGGGAUUGUGAGCUCCUUCCCCAGUCUGAACGCCCUGAUCCGUGAGAACCUGGAGCCCUCCCCCACCAGCCUCCUGCAGGACCCCCAGUGGAUGCCUCUAGAGGACAUGGAGGUCCUCUCCUCGACCUUGGACACUCCGCAAGACCCUCCUGCUACCUUAAGCACCACAGCCACAGGUGAGCAUGGGAACUACUGAACUGAUGUCCCUACGUGACACACUUACUCUUAAGUCCCAGGACUCUUUAUGCUUAAUUUUGUAUUAUAUUCAGGUAUGUGUUCUCCUUAAUGUGUAUUCUCUGAGUCUAGUACAAAACAAGAUGGCUGUAGCUUCCUUGUCACAUCCUCCUGGAACAAUUUGAUUUCCUUCCACUAUUAUUGGAAACUCUGUCAGCCUUUAUUGCCUUUCAUCUUCAUUUCACUCAUUCUCUUUCCGCUUUUAUUUCUAUCCCCCCGUCUGUGUUUUCAGUUGAAGAGUCCCUCAGGUCUCCGUCGAUGCUUCACCGGCUCCUCACACUCCCCGCUCAGCUCCUAGAGGAAGACGAGGACGAGAACACCAUGGAAACCAUCCCCCUGCUCCCCGAAACUUCACCUGGCAGAGCAGCUGUGCGCCGGCAAAACACAGAAUCGCCUAACCAGAGCUGCCCAUCUCCUCCCAAGAAAAAGGUUGCUGUUUCACAGGAGGAGGAGGAGGAGGAGGAAGAUGAAGAGAAGGAAGACAAAGGGACGACGACGCUGGACUCAAAGGUGAAGACCGUGCCUCUCAAAGGCAGGAAGGCUCACGAGUGUAAAGAAUGCGGCAAGAAGUUCAGCCGGGCGCUGCUCCUGAAAGCUCACCAGCAGACUCAUAUCACCACAGCACUGGCGACGACGCCAGCGAUUUGCUGCUCGGAGUGCGGGAAACGCUUCUCCCAGGCAUCCCGGUUACAGGCGCACCUACGAACACACACCGGGAAAAAGUCCUGA